GUAUCCGAGUCACAUUUUCCCUCCCCCGCCGUUGCACUGGGCGCACUCAGUAACUACCACCUCUCUCUCAUCUUUGGGGGUCCUUUCUCCUCCCCUCAUCAUCUCGGCCGGUUUUUCUUUCGGACUCACCCAAAGCCACCUCGAACACACAACACAUGGACCACCCAAAAAGCAACGACGUCCCGGCGGGGCCCCCUGUUCCCCCGACAGCCAGCCGGGGCUGCACCCCUCUCGAGCGCCGACUCGCGUCCUGGUGCUUCUUCCUUUCCAUCCUAGUGCUCAACGCCUUGCUCCGAAUCUUCAUCUGGCCGCACGUCUCGGGCAGCCCGUACCUGAUCUUUGUCGUCGUCGGCACACGCAUGGUCGUCGGACUCUCGUGGUUGCGCCUUUACGAGUUUCUGACGGGCGAGAAACAUCCGGAUCCCUUGCUGCUGACGGCUAUGGGGUUUCUGCCUACUAUCCUGGUCGAUCUCGGGCUCGGAAGCUGCUACCGAAGUUGCAGUGUCAGGGAUGUAGUGGCUCGGGGGUACUGCAAGUAUGGAUGAGGGCGAGAGUCUGUAGGAUGGAGUGGAGUAUGAGUAUCGAGGUAAAGGGAUUCUGUUUGGGUCCCUGGUGGCUCAGUCGUGGGAGGCUUUUAUUUUAACAGAAGGGUAGCUCUAGUUUCUGCUCCUUGGGCAUCACCUUUACGGAUCACACAACUAGAUACCCAGGUACCUACCUAGGUAGGCAAUCAUGUAUCACUCCGAAUUCAAACCCUUACCGUUCA